AUGGUAUUACCGGCAACUAAAAAAGACUAUGGAGAUGUUAUUGUGAAGACAAGGUCCCUCACUGAAGCACAGAAGAAUGUGGAGUUUGUUUCACAGCUGCUGGAGUCGCUGGAAGUGUGGGAAGCUUCUGGAGUAGAAGGAGUCAUCUUCAAUGUUGACCUGAAGGAUUCGUCUAUCAUUCCGAUACUAGCAGAGCAUGAUUUCACGUUUGCACACUCGAAUUACGGAACGGAAUUGACGAUGGUGCGAUGGCUGUCCAAUACAUCAUCAAUGUUGCUUGAGUUUUCGGAACCAAGCGAUUGCACCACGUGGAUAUCCGCUAGCAUCACGGCAACGCGGCUACUGAGGGGAUGA